GUAGGAAAUGAAGAUUGAAUUGCGUACGGCUCCGGCAUGCUACCUUGCUUUGCCAAAAUGACUAUCCAAGCAGAAUGGUCUGCAACGAAUUCAGCAGGUGGCACAGCGUUGGGAACUGCCCGCCGUUUUGGCAACAUUGGUCUUUUCAAACAACGUACUUACGAAGAGCAAAGAGCUACCAGGCAGAAACUGCCACAACCUGCCAGAGAAGCUUCGCCGAAAGAGCCGUCAGACCGCAAGCGAGCAUCAAGCUUUUUGCUCUCGCUCAGUCGCUCUAGCCUGACUUCCAACCGUGAACUGGCACCCCACAACCGGACCCGUGCGUCGAGCGCAAGCAGAGACUCUCGCUCCAGUUUAUCUGGAUCUCCUGUUUGGAGGUCCGGCUCCGUCAGCUCUUCACAAAAUUCUUUAAGACGAAGACAUUCAGAGAACGAUCGAACCAAGUCUUCGCCGUAUAACUCAAGCAUACGCUUCGUUGGUACGACCGGUUCACGCGACUCGGUCGCAUCGCAGAGGUCGUCAGAUAUUGCCCUCGAACAAAGCAGACAUAAUCCUCCCAGAGUCGCGGAUGAUAAAGAUUCGGCCUUGAAACGAAGGAUAAAAGAGGUGGAAGAGGCGUAUGGGAAAUUGAAACGGUCUAACCCGCAACUUAAUGAAGCGGGUAUCCGAAAGUCCGCUGAAAAGGUUGCGGGUUCUGAAGCGUCGGUGGCGAAACAAAAUUACGUUGUUUCUUCAACUAUACCAGCAAAAUCCCGCGGGAACCUAAAGCAGAGCAUUAUAGAUCGGCUUACCCCCAGGUCUCGCACCCCGGAGCGGUCAACUUCCAACACAGACACGUCCAGUGCGUCUUAUCCGUUUAAGUCGGCCACACUACCACCGCCAAUAAAAGGCCUUUACGACGAUAGCCACAGUCAUCCCGACACAAAUCGCACACACCCCGGCGACAUUCUGCCAACACCGCCAACAAGCAGUCCUCCAGCUCGCAAAGAACAGGAGAUUGCAUAUCACUACCAUCAUCCCCGACGCUUCCGCCACUCACAAGAUAUUAUUGAAAAGAGUCUAUCGAAAGCCCAAUUGCGAAACGCCACCUUGAAGGAUUUGAAUAAUAGACGGGAGGGCAGGUUUCGGCGUGCGAACUCUGAGGGCUACGAUUUUGAAGCGCGAAGCCAGAUGCCUGGAUUGAGGGCAGACCAAAGGCCAAGAGCAAACUCCUUUCAUGUGUCUCGGUCACAUGUCGAUCAACCGCAUGUCCUACCCAGCAAUCCGGAAAUCUUGAAGCUAUUGUCGAUGGACGCAAAUUCCAGAAGACGGGCUUUACAGUACACUGUAAAGCGACAACGCCCUCCACGAGGACUUGUAGGGCUCCAGAAUUUGGGCAAUACUUGUUUCAUGAACUCAAUAUUGCAAUGUGCUUUUUCGACGGAAUUGCUGAUGGGCUACUUUUUAUCCGGGGAUUACAAGGGUGAUAUCAACCCUGGAAGUCCGAUGAAAGGCCAAUUAGCUACAGCAUUCGCCGCACUAGUCAAGGAGGUCAUGAAGUCUAACGCAUAUAGAUCAAUCUCGCCGUCACAAUUCAAGAGACAAUUAGAACACUGGGCACCGCAAUUUGUUGGCUACGACCAGCAGGAUGCCCAAGAGUUCUUGCGUUUCAUGCUGGACGGAUUACAUGAAGACUUAAAUCGGGUACAAGUGAGACCUCGUUUUACGUACAAAGAUGAGGAGGCAGAUAAGUUAAGGGAUGUUGAAAAGGCGCGACUGUCAUGGAAUCGAUACCAUGCAGUGAAUAACAGCGUCAUUUUCGAUUUGUUUGGUGGUCAACUGCAGAGUACGGUCAUAUGCCAUGGCUGCAAUCACCGUUCUGUGACGUUUGACACUUUCUGGGACCUUUCGCUACCCAUUCCGAAGGCAUAUGCACGUCGAUCCGCGCGUUAUUCCCUGACACCAUCUGGUGAAAGCUGCUCUCUGUCCGAAUGUCUCGCCGAAUUUGCAAUGAAGGAGGUAUUAGAAGAGCCUUACAAGUGCGAUAAUUGCAAAAGUCAUCAAAAAGCGAGCAAGUCUCUGAGACUCUACCGAUGUCCUGAAGUAUUGGUUUUACAUUUGAAGCGCUUUACGUACUCUUACUACUCCCGGGAUAAGAUAGAGGCGAAUGUCAAGUUUCCCGCGGAAGGGCUGGUAUUGGAUGAGAUUAUGAGCGAUUUAGAAGGGCGUGACCUUGAAGUCCGCUAUGAUCUUUUCGGCAUAUCCAAUCACAUGGGUGGUCUUGGGGGCGGACAUUACAUUGCCCACGUCCGUAAUAUCGAUGAUGAAGUCUGGUACGAAAAAAACGACACACAUGUUUCGCUUUGUACGGACGGGCCCGAAGCUGGGAUGGGACCAUCAGCAUAUGUAUUGUUCUAUCAGCGUCGACGGUGACUUGUUUGUCAGCCACCUGCUGGUAGCGCUCUAAUGCAAUGAGGACAAUUGCGAUCAACGUCACUUUGUAAAUAUAUCUCAUGUAGCGUUUAAUGAUAUUGUGACCGUUGAUGCGAUGUUCUACUCUAAAUGAGGUGUGAAGAUUGCGUCAUUUGAGCAAUAGACCAAAACUUUCGUCUA